AUGCUCGUGCUUUCUGCCUUGGCCCAGGCAACGUAUACCGGUCCUCCUAAUGCCUACUGCACUCGGCAAACCUAUCAUGUUUCGCUACCCAGCUUUGCGACCGUGCCCUUCACGAACCUGACAACGCUCGACCCGUCUCAGCCCCUUGUCACCGAGCUACAGGCACACACCGGUGCCUCCUACGAUAUUUCUGGCGUGUUGUGUACCCCCAAAGACGGCGACAAGCAUAACGGCACCAUCCAGCUUCUGGUGCACGGGAUUGCAUUCGACAGUUCGUACUGGGAUUUGGGAUUUCAGCCGGAGAACUAUUCCUACGUGUUACGUGCGGCCGAGGCUGGCUACGUUACGUUCCGCUAUGAUCGCCUCGGUACGGGCGAGUCCGAGAUGCCUUUCGAUGGUUACAACCAAGUCCAGGCUGCGACUGAUCUGCAAAUCCUACUUCAGAUCAUCUCCCUCCUACAUUCAGGAGGAGUAGGUGGCCAGGCAUACUCCACCAUUGUUGGCGUUGGUCACUCGUACGGCUCCAUCCAGCUCGCUGCUGCCUCCGCGGCAGUCCCGGAUCAGCUCUCCGCCCUCGUCCUGACCGGCUUCUCCGCCAAUGGCUCAUACGUCGGCCAGUUCCAGACCUACGUCAUCUCCGGUCUCCCACAGAGCAGUCAGAUCAACUUUUUCUUCUACCCAUUCUACGAUCAGGUCGUCGCUUCGUUCUCUGGUGUCAGUAGCUUCACUGGGCCAGUCCACGUGGUGACCGGUGACAGAGACUGGGUGUUCUGUGGCUCUCAAUGUGACAUUAAGCCCGAUGGUCAGCACACGAUCCUCGACCUUAUCGGGCCUACCGUGUUCCCGAAGAGCAGUAACUUCAGCGCGUUCUCCCCGCAGAAUACUGGACACGGUCUCAACAUGCACUUCUCUACCCCAUCCUCUUACACAAACAUCCUUGAAUGGCUCACUUCUGUGGGCUUUUGA